GAUGCCCUACUCAGCCAAAGACACCGUUCCAAGGUCCAAAGACUCAACAAGACCCAUCCCACUCUCCUCCCAACAACUACCUCCCUCUUCCUCAACCACCAGGCACGAUGACCCAAAACGAAUCAUCCUCAAAGCUCUCGUUGGUUUCAAAUCCAAUUCGGUUGAUCAAUCAAACCUUGUCGGGUUGCGUGGAAAGAACAGCCUCAUCAUCUCGAUACUUGCGGCAACUGCUAAAACUACAUCAAGAAAAACUCAGAAACUGUCAUGACCCAUACCCGCGUCAAUCAUCCAAGUCGCGUAGUGCCAUCCAAGCAGGAAAAGUCACACUGCACGAUGGUGAACUCGUCACCUUAUCCGAUCAGAGGAAAGAGAACGUAAUCCGAAUCAGUGAGACAUUUGAUAUCGAUGAAGUCGAUGCACUCGUCCUAUGGCUCCAAUUCCUUCACGCCGAACCACCAGCUUCAUCUGAUCCAAGCAGCGCAGACCAGUCGAACUCUAAGAAGGUCACGGACAUCGGGUUUCAAGAGGAGAAGUGUGACGAUGGAGUGCUGGCCAAAUUCUCCUCCUUCUAUUUCGAGGAGAGGAGAAGUGCUCUGAUAGUUGUUGCAUCAACUUUGCUUAUAGCCGAAAACGAAUCCUCUGCAAUCAAUGAGACGUGUUCAGAACUUCUUGAUCAGAUCAUAUCAGUAGAAACACCCUCCUCGAUGCUCGAAUCAUUCACCAAACGAACCAGCUCGUCUCUCCCCGAUAGCGUGCGCGCAACAGCAAGACAGGCAUUAAUUUGGACACAGCAGCUCAUGUAUGAGCAAAAGUUGAUCCUCGAAGUUAUCUUUUUGCUGUUUUACGGCCGUAUCAAGCCGGAUGCCGCGCAUUAUGUCUCAGUCUUGAAAGUUUUGCGAGAGACUUCCUCGGGAAAAAAUCAGGCGUGUUUACCUUACUUUGAUGAGGAAACUUCGAUGAUCAACCUGAACGUGUCAAACCUUCUGACGCUAAUAGCCUUGCAAGCCUCUCAUACUGAAGACAUCUGCUCUCCUGAAUUCUCACUGGCGCCCGAGCCUACUGAACGCGAAUUGACCCACCCAGCCAAGCUCAAAGAAAUCUAUGACUUGCAACUCAAUUUGCUCGAGCAGCAGCCACAACAGGCCGCCCCGAUCGCCCUUGCUUGGUCGUUUAUACUCCACCAGCUGACGAAUUUCUACCUGGAGAAUGAAAUCCCACAUUCGCAUCAAGACUUCGCCGAGCUCAUUCUUCCCCAGUCAAACCAAAUCAAUUCCGAUCAGGAUGAUGAGCUCAACACCGAGCAACAAGAGGAGACUAUGCCAUUAUACCAGCGUUGGGCUCGACACGUCCUGUCCAAUCAGUGUCAACUCUUUCAGAAUCUGAGUCAACUGGCGACCUCAGUGUACUGUGCGAGCUCCCAUAAUCGCUUUGGCGCCUCCGACAAUAACGCACUUGGCUACCUCGUCACCAUUCGAACGUUCUUAUCCGCUGUUCCGAUAUUCUUCCGAUUAUCAUACCUGGGCAGCCAACAGUUCGAGGAGGCUAUCAAUGUAUUCGGGUUGUUAUUUAGACUUGAUGUACAGCACGCUAUAGCUAGCGACUUAUGGCGAGCAGUCGAUGGCGACUUGGACGUUGUUGAGCUCCCCCUAGCGACCGGCGAAGCAGAAUAUCUCGCUGCCGCGCGAGUGAGAUUCCCUAUCAAUGUUGGGCUUUUCACCGGAUUGUGCCGAUCACUCAGUGGUUUCAACGAAACCAUGCAGCCUUCAGAUCCGAGCGAUCAACUUCUCUGUGCCCGGUCUUUGCUGGACUAUGCCGAUCAGCUACCCACACUCACCGAAGCCAUCUCCAGUUCUCAGUCUGCGCUCCUACCUCUGCCUUACGAGCCGACCCUUCCGCCCCAGACCAUGGAUUCACUUGACGAUAGUCCCCCCGACACUCAAGGUUGGGUCAAAGCCACUCGGCCCAUUUGGAUCUCACCCGAUCUCCAAAUUCCUAAGCACACAGUAGGUAAAAUCAUCAGCGGCAUUGACCAAAAACCUGUUGUUGUGUGUUGGCGCUUCACUUGGUCAGCUUGGAGAUAUUGGGGUCGACUCCUGCUCCAAUAUGCAGGCUACUCUGUUCCUCAAAGCAAUCAUGACCAUCACAGCGAUGUUUUUGGAUCGUCAUCAACCAACAACCUCUCAUGGUAUGAAGAUAAACUGGAAACCGAAAGCAUCAUCAAUAUCUUGAAGAUGCUGACUAGUGUUGUAGAGUGCAGCACAGAGCUGGGAGCAGAGCUGAUUGGCAAGAUGGUUGGCCAUAUCUCGCAUCAAGGUCUCAUCCAAGCGCUUUUCAAUCUAAUCGAGCAUCCUAUCGACAUGUCCACCCAUACCGUCUCCAGUGAAACCACUCGAAUCUCUCUGCGCCUCGUAUCUGCCCUCUCGCCAAUAUUCCCUGGCGCUGUUUGGACUUUGGUUCGAGGCUCGCAUCUUCUUUUUCCGGACUCUUCGAGAACAUCCACCUGGAAUGCUGUCGAGACGAGUGGUCCCACAUUGAAGUUUGAACGGUUGUCUGGUGAAUAUGGCAUCACGCUCGCCAUUUUGGACCUAGCUCAAAUGCUUCUCAUGGAAGCUAUUUCUUCGGGACUCACGACCAAUCCAACAUUUGCUGAAAUCAAAGCCGAAGUUCUUGUUGGGGCACUCGGCUGGAUCUGCGAGGAGGUUUGGCCUGGAUUUCAAAAUUGGAAAUAUCGUCGACUGGAAGACAAGUUCCUAAUCGCGAGCAAAUGUUGCACAGUCUUCAACACGAUUGCUUCUGAGGCUUUGAAAACCCAAUUGUUUACGCCCAAGAUCCAAACAGACUUGGUCAUCGCGCGAUUGGCUCAAUCUUUUUUCUCCUGGUUCCUCACUUCAGCCACCGCGAUCACACUCAAUCCGCUGGUUUCCAUCAUCACGACUGACAAGAGUGUCAUGGAAACUCUUCGCAAAUUCCACCGCAACUUGGAACUCGAGGCCUAUGUUGAAUCGCUUUCGGCCUGCACUCGUUUGGCCAGAAACAUUCUAGCCCUCAAAAUCAACCAUUUCCCCGCGGGGCAACCCUCCUUGCUAGAGCGGCUAUUCAUGGCUCAGACCAAGCGAAAAACUUCUUCAUUCGCUUCCAACAAGGAUUUGUCGCGUCAAAGCGUGUUACCAUUCAUCGCCCAAUGGUGUCUUGAUGCUCCGCACGUCGACAUAUCUAGGGAUGCAUGUGAUAUCUUCUGUUUCCUUUGCUUCCUUUCGCAAGAUUGGCCUUCCGAUUGGCCCUCAAUCAGUUCAAGCUUCGGAGAUCCCGACACUAUGAGUCUAUUUUUGCACGAGCUUGCGCUUCAAGGUUUCCAGAUCCGUGAUGACGAUGGCCUACUCAGAUCAUCGUUUUGGAAUUUACUGGCUGUACUACUCGAUACUCAACCAUCUCUCGGACCUAUCAUUGUGACUGGGAUAACAUCCCUCCCCGGUUCCACCUCUCAGUCCGUUCGAACCUUGCAGUCCAAAAGUCCGUUCGAGCUAGGCAUUGCGACAUUUGUCACAUGUUUCGAGAAUAAUAACAAGCUUGACAUCAUCGUCGGACAGAGCGUGUUGUACUUUUUGUACAACAUUUACAGUCAGACAAACGGAUUUGUUUCAAUCUUGAGUCAAACCCUAGAGAAUCAAGAGUUUGUUGAUAGGAUUAUUGACAUAUCAACCAGUCUGAUCAAUACUCCUCAAUCCUUACUCAGCACAUCCGACAGCCGCCUUACGCCUAUGCCGGAUGAUACGGCUGAGCACGACUUACUCGGGGAACUGGAAGAACUUCAAGUUAAACAUUUUUGCAAUGAGUUGAUGUGUAAAGCUUAUGCGACCAGGACCCUGACGGUUUUGCUCCAACUGGAAUCUGAUCAAUCGGCUGUGUCAAAAGGCAUGCCGAGCAAGAGUAAUAUCGGCCUAUCUAUCGCGAAAGAACUUCAAAAAACACCGACUCAGCUGUGUGAAUUGAUCUGCUCCGCCAUCGAAAGCCUGGCAAACCCCGAACUUCAGUCUGAAGCCCUUCGAGAAAUCAAUAACCGAUACCCCAAUCUCGAGCUUGAUACCUACCGAAGAGUUGACCCCGCUUUACCAUAUGAGAAGCUACAGCUGUACGGCAAAGGUUUCGUUUAUGACUACGAAUUGAUGAAGGGUAGAGUUAGAGGAAGUGAUGUCUCGGCAAAAGUGGCGGAUGAAGUGAUGAAGAAUUUGACUGCUAUCAACUGGAAUUUGUCAGCUGUCGAUGCCCAACUUGAAGUUACUCAAUCAUGGGAAUCGUUUCUGGAAGUAGUCUUUCAACAGAAAAAUCUAGUUCUUCAGUUAGGACAACAACUCUCUCAAUCCGUACUGGAAUCGGCCAAUGUGAUAGCAAGAGAAAACCGAGGCGGUGACUUUAUGGUCAACAUCCACUCAGUUAGAAUCUCCAUUCUUUUGACAUUACUUCAAGCACUUCCCGUGAAUGAAGAAACAUCAAAAACGACCAUCAAACUAUUGGAAAGCGUCAAAAGCCUGAUCUCCUCCGAGCGUUUUCCGAUACUCGAUUCAAUCAAGCGAAGGCUCAGCAUCAAUUGGCACACAAACUUUCUCAAGCUGCUUUACCUAAUCUUCAAGAGAUGUGCGCCAAUCAAGAUAACCAGUCUGAAUGAUGAACAAAGGCACCUGAUGAUCAACUUAGUGGAAACGUUUUUGAGGUCUAGCAUUUCGAUCUUGGAGACCGUCUUGACUUUAGCCAUGAUCUCAUCGGAUACCAACUACGAGCAAGACUUGAAAUUGAGCGUUUCUAUUUUCACCGAGCUCAUGAACUCGCCCGUCCGACCUCCAAUAAUGAACUGGGCACAUCGGAUUCAUGAUCUCUGUCAACCAGCCUUCAAUCUCCUCACCCAAGAACCUCUUCUUGAUGACCAAGAGCCGAUGUUUGCGGAACAUGUGAUUCGCCUCUUCAUGAGCUUGGCCCUUGAUGAUCGUCUCGCGGAGUACAUUGCAUCUGAGGGACUGAUACCUGUUCUACUCAACAUAUCGCUCACUCAGAGGGCAUCUGAAGGAUUGAUUGAGCCCGUCUCAUCCAGUCGACCGUUCGAGAGAAGUCCAACCCAUCGACUUUGGUGUUCAAUCCUCGCUCUUGUUACCUCCCUUGCCAACACCCUUUGCUAUAGCGAAACCUUCAUGCUCGACGAAAUUGGUUCUUUUGCCCGACUGUACUCCCCUCAAUUGUUGAAAGCUAUCAGUGUCAUCUCGCCGCCCGAUCAUACUUUGCGUGGAUCGUACGAGAUGAAUUUGACUCUUGCCGGUAUAGAAGAGGCGGAACUUGUGACAGAUCUCUUGACAGUCGUUUCUUCCAAACCCGUUGGACGGCCUCUACUCAGCCUGCCCGAAAACUAUCGCCAGGCCAUGCUAACUGCCCUUCAGACUUUGGCCCAUUGCCUCAAUCAUCCCAAUUCUACAUCAAAAUGGCUUGAGAAUGAUGUGACGUGGAAGAGUGGUAGUAGGCUAAUGAGUCAAACUUUGGGCAAGACUGAUCAAAUCGUCGUCGAUAACGGCCAACCCUUGGCUUCUCAUGUCCAAGAGGCUUUGUUGCACAUGUUGCAAGUUUCUCGGAAUAUUCUUCACACACUGGUUUCUCAUACUCGAGCGCUCAAUGUUCUUACGCGAGACGUUGCAGAAUGGGCAACCGAAUACGCAGUGAUUAACCCUACUAGAAGCAUUGUCGUUGGUGAUACAGCUACCAUCGGAACGCUGUUCGAGCUUGCUGAAACAAGUCUUGAUAUCUACCGAUCGGCUUGCACUCGACCUUCCGCGCCCACCAACCCAUCGGCCAAUCUGUCGGAGCAACCGCCAGUCAAUGUAUGUAAUGCCUCAGCAGCCGUGCUGGAGCUAUCACUACUCCUGGCAUCUUCCCAAUUGGCUCUGUGGCUAUUUUCGACCGUCAACUCUGAGAGUAACGCCAUCGCAAGCCAUAAAUACCCCAGCUCUAACGCGGUUCAUAAAGAUAGUGACAUGAGCGGCCAACCUCAAGCCCCAUCUUCGCCUCGCCUCAAGCGGGAAAUCUUGAGCGAUCUGGCACCUGAUCUGAUGAGCUCGAUCGAGAAAGGAUUGAGCGUGAUCAAACUGAUCAACUCUCGAAGCUCCAAUACCCAACCUCUCAAAAACUCUGGUAUGAACGCCUUAAAUAGGUCGAUCAUUCGGAAAAAACCGGGCAAGAAACCGUUCCAAUUGGCCUCUUCUUCCUCUUCUUCUACGCUCCAAUUAUCUCCGGCUAAUCCUCAUCCAGAAUCUAGGACCGAUCUCGUCGUCUCUAAUCUCCCUGAUCAUCAUCAGCAAACUGAGGAUCUCUUGUCCGUCUUAAAACGCUUCGCCGAGCGGCAUUUUGUUGAAUGAAUUGUUUGGUUUUCUUUUUACUUCUCGUGUGUUAUUAUUAUCUUCUUCUUUUCUUCUUCUUCAUUCUCUUUUCUUUUUCUCUUUUUUUAUUUCUUUUUAUUUCAUCUUUUUUCAUGUUGGUUUUUUCCCAUAUGUCAUCUCUAUUCAAUUGAUUUGGGGUUUUCUUUGUGUAAAUCAUUCUUCUUUCUUGGUUUUCUUUCUAUCUUCUGUUUCUUUUUUGUUCGUUUCAAACUCAAUAUGUUGUCAGGAAGAAAGAAAAAAAAAAUGUUUUAUAAUCAAUAUAUUCAAACAUAUAAUUUGGC